AAGAGACAGAAGACAACUCAUUUGAAGCUCCUCAGCAGCAGACCUUUGGCCAAGCCCUAGUCUUCACAAAUACUCAGCACAGCUCUCAGAUGGUAUCAGGAAUUGGCAGUUCCAGUGCUGUAAACUCCUGUUCUUCUCAGAGUCUGUCUGCAGUUCUUUCUUCUGGCUUUGGAGAACUUGGAUCCUCUAAACUGGCAAACUGUACUGGAUCCCAAAUUUUGGAACAACUAAAAUCCCCAGAUCUGGGUCAGUUUACCUCUCAACAAAACAAUAGUAACUCUACCAAUGCUACCAUAACUGCCACAUCAUCUUGGAGUCUAAAACCACCCAUUACUCAGUCCUCAGUCCUCAGUCAGUUUGACUUUAAAUCUCAGCCUGAACCAUCCCCAGUUCUGAGCCAGCUGACUCAACGACAGCAACAAAAAAUGCAGGCAGUACCCGUUCUUCCACCUGGACUGGAGUCCUUCUCCUCCCAGGUAAAACUUCAAGAGCCCUCACCAGUAGACACCUCUACAGCUAUCAGCAAAAUGCUACAGCUUCCGAAUAUAUCUUUGGAAAACCAGACAGUGACUGCCCAUCAAACCCAGCAGAAACAGAUAAAACAACCAAAACGGAGGAUAACUCCAGCAUCCAAGAUUCCUGCCUCUGCUGUGGAGAUGCCUGGAUCAGCUGAUAUGGCAGGGUUAAAUGUUCAGUUUGGAGCUCUGGAGUUUGGAUCAGAGCCUACACUCCCAGAGUUCAGAUCAAGCAGUGAAAAUGCCAGCCAGAUGACCAACGAUAGCUUGUACUCAAAAUCUGUAAAUGAUCCUUUGAAUACCUCUUUGCCGAUAUCCAGUACAGUACAGGAGUCCACAUACACAACCUCUUCCACUCUGACCUGCUCAUCCCAGAACACUAGCCUAGUAACAACAACUUCCUAUAACCAGACUUCUGUGCAUAGUAGGAUAUCAUACCAAAGCUCCAUGGCUCCAUCUGAACCAAUACCUGUUGCAGUUACGAAUGGACACGGUGUUAGAACACAGGCAACUCUUGACACUACUUCAUCAGUUCCAGUGUCUAAGACAGAACCUUCUCCCUCACUGCCUUCCGCUGGUUCUCUGCCUAGUGUGGUACCCGCCACCACUUCACUUCUGCCUUCAGCAUUGCAGCACAUAGCAACAUUGCCCAGCUUGCCUCAGUCCAGUGACUUGGCCAGCAGCUCGCUUACCCAGUUAAGCAGCUCCCUUUCCAAUCAUCAGAGCAGUCUCUCCCCUGCCUCAGUGUUGUCUUCAAGCACAUCACAUGCACACACUAGUGUUGAGAACACAACUUCGCUCCAGCCCUCGACAACCUUUUCAACUGCUUCAACCUCAGCUACUAGCACCACCUCUUCGGUUGUCAGCAUAUCAAGCAGUAUGAACACUACAAACAGCCUUGGCCUGAGUGUUACCAGUGUGUCUAUACCAGCUACUACUGCACGAGCAGCUCCCUUAGUGUCUUCAGGCAAAACUCCUCCAAACCUGCCCCAGGGUAUACCACCCUUCUUGCAUAAUCAGUACAUUGUGGGACCUGGAGGACUUCUGCCUGCCUACCCAAUUUAUGGUUAUGAUGAUCUCCAGAUGCUUCAAUCCAGGCUGCCAAUGGAUUACUAUGGAAUUACAUUCCCCGCUCCUGCAACCUUGACAGGCAGAGAUGGGAGCCUUGCUAACAACCCAUACUCAGGUGAUGUAACAAAAUUUGGCCGUGGUGAUUCUACCUCCCCUGCUCCUGCUACCACUCUAGCCCAGCCACAGCAGAACCAGACACAGACUCACCAUACGACUCAGCAGCCCUUCCUCAACCCAACCCUGCCACCGGGGUACAGCUACACUGGGUUACCUUACUAUGCUGGUGUGCCAGGCAUACCCAGUGCAUUCCAGUAUGGGCCAACCAUGUUUGUACCUCCAGCACCUGCUAAACAGCACGGAGUCAAUUUGAACACUGCCUCCACUCCUUUCCAUCAAGCAAGUAGCUAUGGGCAGCAUGGCUACGGAGCAGCAGGCUAUGAUGACUUAACGCAGGGAACAGCAGCUGGAGAUUACAGCAAGGGAGGCUACAGUGGGUCAUCUCAAGCACAAAGCAAAUCUGCUGGCACUGGACCUGGGAAAGGUGUUUCUGUAACUUCAAGUAACACAGGUGUGCCUGAUAUCAGUGGCUCUGUCUAUAACAAGACUCAGACGUUUGAUAAGCAGGGAUUCCAUGCUGGCACACCACCUCCUUUCAGCAUGCCCUCUGCUCUUGGAUCUACUGGGCCCCUGAACCCUGGUGCUGCCCAGGUUAUGCUCCAGCUCCUUUUCUCCAUAUCCUGCCUGCACAUCAGCAGCCUCAUUCACAGAUGUUGCAUCAUCAUCUUCAGCAAGAUGGGCAGGGUGGAUCCAGCCAGCGCAACCAGCCAGCACCAUGCAGCAAAAGUCUCAGGCUACCAAAACUGCCUAUGGCACUUCUCCAUACUGGACUAACUAAAUGUGAAAGGAGAAGAGAGGAAAGAAAAAAAAAAAAAAUACUGAAGCCCAAACCCAUUCCUGAAAUUAGUAGAAGUAACUGGUCAGCCAACCAUCUGUGUGGGGAGAAUUGUAGCCAGCCAUCCUCUGUGUGACUAGCCUGCUUCCUCUUUGAGUUGCUGUUGUAUGUAAUAUAUUUAUGUAUUUGUAAAUGUAACAGAGCCUAAAUGUGGUUUUCUGCAUCUUGAAGCCUGUUUUAUUUUCUUUGUAGGAAGACUAAUUAUUCACUUCCUGUAUACACCAAGGCCUCCUUCCUUGUUUUUCAAGCUUUAUGGGCAUUAUGACUGUGCCAUUUUUAUUGGAGCUAUUUAUUUAGUGCAAUUCUAAAUUCAGGCAAAUACGGAGGCCUGGCUUUUAAAAGAGAAUCAAGAUGUAUCCUGUUUGUUUGACUUCUGCCCCCACCCACCAGUAUAGCUGUUAUUUUGCAGAUGAACUCAGGGGCGGUUAGGUCACCUCUUUAUUUUUUAAUUUUUAAAUAAAUAAUAAGAAAAAACUUUUGGUUUUGGUUUUGUUUCUCAAGCAAGAGACUUUGAAUGGCUCAUUGGGUCCUGGACCCUCCUUUGCAUCAUCAAAGGCAAAAACUAUGUAAGACUGUCUUAAAACUAUAAGCUAUUUCUUGUACCUCUUCUUGGCCUGAGCCACCCUGCCCAGGAUUGACAGAGUGGCUGGAUGAAAACUUCACCUGUUCUUCCUUUUUUAAAACAAAGGCCAGAGAAGCAACUCCUGGUACUUGUGUUAUGUACCAGUGCAGUGAACGUUUUAGGAGUUUCUUUUUAGCCCUUCCCCUUAUCUAAUAAAAGAUAUGAGCAUAUCACGUGUUUGUCUGCUUUUCAAAGGCUCAAGGAACAGUUUUGCUUGUACAGCUUGUCCUUUUCUACCUCAUCCCGCAGCAACCAGAGUAAAGCUCAGCAGGAAGGGGGUGCUGUGG